AUGGUACUCAUGAUGCUUUUGCUUAAUUCUGUUGUACAUGUUGUGCAGCUCACUGGCAUAAAUGAAGAUAUUGAUGAAUGCACACUGGGAACGGAUGACUGCCAUAUAGAUGCGAUUUGUCAGAAUAGUCCCAGGUCCUAUAAAUGUAUAUGCAAACCAGGCUAUAAGGGAGACGGCCACCACUGUGAAGACAUCGAUGAGUGUGACAAUGAGUACAAUGGAGGCUGUGUCCAUGAAUGUAUAAACAUUCCAGGCAACUACAGAUGUACCUGCUACGAUGGAUUUAUGUUAGCACAUGAUGGUCAUAACUGCCUAGAUGUUGAUGAAUGCCUUGACAACAAUGGAGGCUGUCAGCAGAUUUGUAUUAAUACGAUGGGAAGUUAUGAAUGUCUUUGUAAAGAAGGUUUCUUCUUGAGUGACAACCAACACACAUGUAUUCACCGGUCUAAUGAAGGCAUGAACUGUAUGAACAAAGAACAUGGUUGUGCACAUAUCUGUCGAGAGACACCAAAGGGUGGUCCUGCAUGUGAAUGUCGGCCAGGCUUUGAACUUGCCAGGAAUCACAGGGAUUGUACAUUAACCUGUAACUAUGGAAAUGGCGGCUGCCAGCACACAUGUGAUGAGACUGAAACUGGGCCAGUAUGUGGCUGUCACCAGAAGUAUGCUUUACAUGCAGAUGGCAGAACCUGCAUAGAGAAGGAUGAGGCUGCAAUUGAGAGUUCAGAGUACAAUGCCACGUCAGUAGCUGAUGUGGACAAGCGGGUGAAACGGCGACUCCUUAUGGAAACGUGUGCUGUCAAUAAUGGAGGUUGUGAUCGUACAUGCAAGGAUACCGCAACAGGAGUGCGUUGCAGUUGCCCUGUAGGAUUUACUCUACAGUCUGAUGGUAAAACUUGCAAAGAUAUUGAUGAAUGUCGAGUAAAUAAUGGAGGUUGUGAUCAUUUCUGCAGAAACACUGUGGGCAGUUUUGAAUGCAGCUGUCAGAAAGGCUACAAAUUACUUACUGAUGAGCGGACGUGCCAAGACAUAGAUGAAUGCUCCUUUGACAGAACAUGUGAUCAUACUUGUAUCAACUAUCAGGGAAGCUUUGAAUGUCUUUGUAACAAAGGUUAUACGCUGUAUGGAAUGACACAUUGUGGAGAUAUCGAUGAGUGCAGCAUUAACAACGGGAGUUGUGAGUAUGAGUGUGUUAACAAUAUGGGAAGCUAUGAGUGCACCUGCCCAUCUGGAAGGAAACUACACUGGAAUAAGAAGGACUGUAUUGAGAUGGUGAAAUGUCACCCCAUUGGCAAGCCAUCCCCGAAGCCACAGCUAAUCUGCAGUAAAUCUGGGGGAAUGGAGAGUUGUUUCUUAGUGUGUCCAUCAAACACACUAUUUAUGCCAGAAUCUGAGAGCAGUUUCACUUUAAGCUGUGGGGUUCCAGUUUACCAGACUAAAUUGCCUCAGAAACACAAUGUGACAUUACCAAGCUGUGCAGAUUCAGUGAGUCUGACAGUGAAGCAGAAAGCUCGAUUUAAAGUCAAGGAUGCAAAAUGUCAUCUAAAGCCAUGGAAUAAAGAAAAAUUUAGGGAUCCUUUGAGGCAGGCUCUGACAGUGGGACAGUUCCCUUGUACAGAAAACUGUCAAAUAACAUUUGUGAAUCUGAAGUGCGAUUCUUCAAAGAAAAGAAGGCGUGGGCGUAAAUCUGCAUCCAAAGAAGUAUCAUAUAUUACAGCAGAAUUUGAAGCAGAGGUGAAGAUGGAUGAAGUUUCAGAUUCAUGCAAUAUCGAUUGUGUGCGUAAAAAAGUGGAACAACAAGUACAGACUACACUUAAGACCUUGAGGAAGUCUAUCAAUAAACAAUUAUUUUACAUUCAAUUUUCUGGGACAGACUAUGAAAUAGCUCAGAAAGCAGUAAAAGUCAGCAAUGGGCAAGAGCUAUGUGCUGCUGGACAGGUUUUACAAGAGAGUCACUGUGUUACUUGUGGUGUGGGCACUUACUAUAGUGGAGAACAGAAUCAGUGUAUUCCAUGCUCUUCUGGAACAUAUCAAGAUAUGGAAGGACAGCUGUCAUGUGAGCCUUGCCCGAGUAAUGAUGGACAUGGGACACUAGGAGCUCGCAACAUUUCAGAAUGUGGAGGCCAAUGCUCUGCUGGCUAUUUCUCCACUGAUGGCUUUAAACCUUGCAAUCCGUGUCUUCCUGGCACAUACCAGCCUGAACCAGGGAGGACACUUUGUUUUCCUUGUGGAGGUGGAUUAACAACAAAAUACGAAGCUGCCAUUUCAUUUCAAGACUGUGAAACAAGAGUACACUGCUCUCCAGGUCAUCAUUACAACACCAUAACACAUAGAUGUAUCCGAUGUCCUAUUGGAACCUAUCAACCUGAGUUUGGUCAGAAAUACUGCAUCACGUGUCCUGGAAAUACAAGUACUGAUUUUGAUGGCUCCACUAGUGUGUCACACUGUAAAAAUCAGCAUUGUGGAGGUGAGCUAGGAGAGUAUACUGGUUACAUAGAGUCUCCAAACUAUCCUGGAGAUUACCCAGCAAAUGUAGAGUGCACGUGGAACAUAACACCACCUCCAAAACGCCGAAUCCUUAUAGUGGUACCAGAAAUUUUCCUGCCAAUUGAGGAUGAAUGUGGAGAUGUUUUAGUUAUGAGAAAAAGCGCUUCACCUACUUCUGUUACAACAUAUGAGACAUGCCAGACAUAUGAAAGACCAAUUGCAUUUACUUCACGGUCAAGAAAGUUAUGGAUUCAGUUCAAAUCAAAUGAAGGAAACAGUGCCAAAGGUUUUCAGGUGCCUUAUGUUACUUAUGAUGAAGAUUACCAGCAGUUAAUAGAAGAUAUUGUAAGGGAUGGAAGGUUGUACGCGUCAGAAAAUCACCAAGAAAUUUUAAAAGACAAGAAACUGAUCAAAGCACUCUUUGAUGUUCUGGCACAUCCUCAAAACUAUUUCAAGUAUACAGCCCAAGAAUCUAAAGAAAUGUUUCCAAGGUCUUUUAUUAAGCUUCUGCGUUCUAAGGUUUCUCGAUUUCUACGACCGUAUAAGUAGUGCUUCACUGGCAUGCAGUCUGGGCUCCUGAUAAAUAUUUUUGUCCACCACAAUAGAGACAUUCGCCUUCCUCAGAGCUAUGAACAUUGUUUUGUUUUGUUUUUGAAUUUUUGUAUUUGAAGAGAAAUAUAUUAAUAUUUUAUAAUCUGCAAGAGACGAUAUUCUGGAUAGAAUUUGCUUUACAAAAGCACAUGUGGAUUUUUGGGUGCAUUAGGUUUAACCUUCAGACUGGUACACAUUUUUUAUUUUCACUUUAAAAUGUGUUUUUUGAUAUGAACUGUGUAUGCAAUUUAAAAUUUUCCAUGUUUCAGAGAGGUUUCUGGUACAUGCAGCACAUAUUAGACAAGACUAAUUACAUGAACUACAUGUGAGCCAGAAGGAUUACUAAAUAUGCAUAUGUUAUGCAACUAAUAUUUGGAAUAUUCUAAUUGCACUUGAAUUUUUAUUUUUUAAAUGUUAAAUUAAAUUUGUAUUAGUCUCAUUUUUAUAAUGUCAAAAAAAAACUGCCACCAUUCAAUUAAAGCCAAAAAUGUGAGUAGAAGA